AUGUAUACUGGUAUCGAUAUAUCAACGUUUCGUACUGGUUUAAAUACCGGCCGUACCGACCAUGUACUAGCCAUACCGGCCAAUUUCAUACAAUAUCGGCCAGUACCGGGUGUACCGGCUGAAUUAAAUCGCUUUAGAGUCGUAUUUUCACAGAGCCAAUUAGAACAAGCUGGACAAAUCACCUGCAACCGUUCUCAUGCAUACUAUGAUCUGUGUUCAGUCGAUGGUCCCACACUGUUAGAACCAAUCACCUCAACUCUCUAUGCAUUGGACCCCAUCAACUCUACUCAACAACCCGUAUGGUUGAAAACUAGACCAUACCCUAGAAAAUGGGACAAAGGAGCAAUGUGCACAGUCAAAGAGUUGACUCUCACCUCAGCUCCACACAGCACUAAAUGCAAAGUCACACACAAUAGUCCAGCCUUAGUAUUCAGUGCAGAAGGGUACACUGGAAACUUCUUCCAUGAUUUCAGUGAUGGGUUUGUUCCCCUCUUCAUCACCAUCAAUUCUCUCUUCUACAAUCAAGAUGUCAUACUUGUGAUCUCUGAUUGCAAUGAUUUAUGGUGGCCCCAAAAGCCACAACUUGUGUUUGUAAUUCGAAAACUUGACGUGGGUAGAGCAAUUUUAAACAAAAAUGAAGUUAUAAAUGCAAUUGAGGAAGUGGGGUUUGAUGUAAAUGUUCUUGACCCAACAACAACGCACACAUGUAUGGCUAAGGCAUUUAAGCUAGUUCACUCUAGCCAUGCAAUGUUGGGGGUUCAUGGUGCAGGACUAACACAUAUGUUGUUCCUAAGGCCAAGGGCAGUGUUGGUGCAAGUGUUGCCAAUUGGGGUACAUUUGCCUUCGAAUAUUAGUUUUAAAGGGCCAGCAAAGAAUUUGGGAUUGGAGUACAUGGUCUACAAGGUAAAAACAAAAGAAAGAAGCUUAGCUGAAAUAUAUGGGACUAAUGACUUGGUGCUAGAGAAUCCAGAUGCUUAUGUUAAUGGGAAUUAUAGUAAUAUGAGGGUAUACAUGAGGACCCAAAAUUUGAAGCUUGAUAUUGUGAGGUUUAAUAGAUACUUGGUGAAGGUAUACAAGGAGGCUAAGAAAUUCAUGGACAUGGAAAAUGAGCUAUCAUUUUUAUUUGGGAGACCAAGACAGAAUUCAGCUUUGUUAUAG